AUGAGCCAUCACUAUGACGCUGAAAGUCUGUCUUUGGAUUCAAGUGUUUCGGACCACUAUGAACCGUACAUGUUUGCCCUCGUACAAGACGUCUUUCGAUCAAAAUCACGUCAAGGUUCUGAAUUGUCUAGAUUCAUUACUGGUAUAAGAAAGGAUCAAGAGUUACUGGCUGACUAUUUACCAACAGUGGAUGCAGAGUAUAGUCUUGUGAAGAGACUCACACAUAAUGAAGAGGCUAGAACUGAAAGGAAUUCAAUCAGAUCACUAAAGCCCAAUGAUCAGGAACGUAGGUCUACUAACGAUAGUGAAGGAGCCGGAGAUUUGGAACAACAAUCCAGAAGCUCUGAUGAAGACGAUGAAGGUCCUCCAAAAGAUAAAGGAUUCGCGUGGGUGGUAGCAAUAUGUACUAUGCUUGCAACAUUCAGUACAUGGGGAGCUAGUUCUGGUUACGGUGUCUUCCUUUCAUUUUACGUUUCAUCGGAUGCUUUUGCUGGUGCUAAUCAGUAUGAUUACGCAUUGAUUGGUGGAAUAGUUGUUUGUUUUGGUCAAAUGUUUGCACCGGUCUCCGUCUUAUUUUAUAGGGUACUUGGACCAUUCUAUACAUCAUAUUUUGGGAUAGCAUUACAAACCCUAGGUUACUUACUAGCAUCAUUUGCUACUAAGAGAUGGCAGUUGUAUUGUACACAAGGAUUCAUGGUAGGAGCAUCGUUUCUGUUCGUCUUUUUGCCUGGGACAUUAAUGUUACCUACCUGGUUCGAUAAGCGCAGGGCCACAGCUAUGGGAAUAGCGGUCUCCGGUUCAGGUCUCGGUGGGGUAUUCUUUUCAUUAGUAAUUCGUAGAAUUAUUGCUGAAACAGGAGAUCAAAGAUGGGCUUUGAGAAUGUGUGCAUUCGUUACGGGAUUUGUAGCUAUAAUUGCUUGUAGCAUAAUGAAACCAAGAAACCACAAACCCUUGCCAUUAAAAGUCACUUUAACAAAGGAAUUCAUCCUCGGUAAUGCUAAAACCAUAUUCUCAGCAAGUGUGUUUAGAGAUUAUGCACUUGUCCUAUUAGGGAUCUGGUUUGGUCUUACCCUCCUAGGGUAUACUUUAAUACUUUUCUCACUUUCAUCGUAUGGUAUUCUGGUCGGCUUAAGUGCGUUUGAAGGAUCGAUUUUGACUGCUGUAAUGAAUGCUGGUCAAGUCAUCGGGAGACCUUCCUGUGGAUUCAUGGCUGAUAAAUUUGGUAGAUUUAACUUCACCAUUGUCAACUGUCUUGUUGUUACUAUCUUCAUAUUGGCGUAUUGGAUAAAUGCAGCUUCCUUCGGUUCAUUGCUACCUUUCAGUAUACUUAUUGGCUCGACUAUGGGUGUUGCAACUUUAUUUUGUCAACCAUUGGCUUCAGAUAUAUUGCAGGACAUGGAAAAAUUACCAGCUGCAUGGUCUGGAUUGAAUAUAAUUGUCCUGUUCUUUUGUAUUGGAGCUGAAGUUAUUGCAUUAGCAUUGAAGGAAGAUGAGGCUGCUAACCCAUAUUUGCAUACGCAGAUAUUUGCCGGUGUUUGUUUCUUUUCUAGCGCUUUAUUAUUGUGCAUUAUGAGGGAGAAGGUAGUGAGAAAAAGAUUGGUGGAAAGAUUGCUAACAGAGAGGACACUUUACGAUGAAAAAUCGAAUUGUGAGAGAUAUUUAAAGGAAAGGAACCAAGCUAGCAUGGAAGAGAUAGAGGAAAAGGAGGAGAAGAUCGCAAGAUAUGAAAUACUUGUGAAUGUUAGAUCGUUGAAGUUUUUCUUUAUAAGAAUGUUUUAUCCGAUCAAAAUAUAA